AGGAUUUUUUAGCAGAUGAAGAAGAAGAAGAAGAAGAAGAAGAGGGUUUUGCAUGCUUUUGCCGCAGAAGGGGCCCAUUGUACGAAAGUUCGUGAGAUAUUAAAUGCUUCCGGUGUUUGGAGUGCUUAUAAGGAUCAGAGACAUGAUCUAUUCCUCCCCUCAAAUGCCCAAUCUGCGGCUGCUGGAGUUGCUGGUUUAAUUGAAAAUUCUUCAUCCAGUUUGACGUAUGCACUGACAGCUCCUCCAACACAAACUGGUCAAGCGAAACAUCCUGUCUUGACAACAUCUGAAUCAAAUGGCAAACAGGAUCAAGGUUCAUAAGAUGAAAAGUUAGCCAUGAUGAAAUGUUUCGGCCAUAAAAUAUGGUGCUCUUUUCAUUCUCAAAAAAAAUAUAUGGUGCUCUUCUCUUGACAGGCAUGCAUUCUACUUCAAAAAGUAGAAGGAUUUAGAUUUUAAAAAUUGCCAUGUGAUGCUACACCCCGCUUUUCUUGUGUACAGUUUCUUCCCAACCCUUCUAGCUUGCUCUUAUUUUGAUGCCGUGGAAUAUGGAAGAAGUCAAAUUUAAAGCAGCACGUACAUGAUUAUCCAAUGUAUAAGACUACUAAAACACCCUGUAAAUUUCUUAUACAAUUAGUAGAGUUGAUUUUGGUGA